AGCUUUUUUAAAAUAAAAAAUUACUCUAAUUAAUUAAUUAGUUAUCAAAAUACUUAAUAAUGAAUUUAAUAGUUGACAACUAAUCGAAUCAUUUUUGCAGCUCUACACUGAUUGAAAUUUUCUGACAUUUUAUAGACCAAACAAUUAAUUGAUUAAUGGAGAAAAUAAUCCACAGAUUAAUCGAAAAUGAAAAUAAUCGUUGGUUGCAGCCCUAAUCAAUAUGCUGUGCAGCAUGUUUUCUGAAGCCCAGGACAGCUUGAAGACUUACUUUAGAUAAUCAUGCCACAUGUCACACCUAACAAUCAUGGUCCUGUCUCUCUCCUUUGUGCCAUUAUCUGUCCUCAUACUCGGGAGGUCAGUGAUGACAUCACUCUGGCAUUGUCUGACACUUCCCAAUCCCUAACCACAUUACCAUGGCAACAGGAAGAAAAGGCUCCACCUCGAAGGCUGGUGGUGUGCGUUUCCCCGACGACGACGGGCCUCCCGGCUCUCCAACACGGAAAGACGAUGAGUCAAACCUCUCUACUCUCAUUGCUAUCCCAGAGAAGGAUGGCAGCUACUUGGUCAAGGCUGGUUUCCUGAAGAGCCACCACUGUUAUGAGAUUGUCUUCACCAUCCCAGAUGCUCCCACACUGGGCAAAGAGCUCUCCUGUCUUCCUUCCUCCUCUCCAACUCGGAGGUUCCCCAGCCUCCGGGUCAAUCGUAUCGACUCCAUAGUGGAGAGAGGAGUAAAGGUAACAUGUGAGUACAGGACUCACCAGGAGGGGGUGCUGCAGGAGGAGAUCACUCUGGUAACCAGAGGGAGGAAGGGCAGCAGUCUGAAAGUCAAAUUCCAGGCCAGGGUCAUUGACCCACAACACGGGACUCCCAUGCUGCUGGAGGGGGUGAGAUGCCUGAGUGCUCGGAAAGACGCCCACAAAAAGCACAGCAGCGACUGUGAGAAGAUAUGAUGAAAAGAUACACCGAUGUCAUCUAUAUGUAUCUAAAACAGUGUUAUUCAGUGACUGGGUCAGGGCCCAGUGUGAUAGUAUAGACACACUAAAAUAUGGUCCCCAAAUUGGAAACAUCAUCAUUUGACUGGUACAUAAUGGGUGGUGCUAUGUUUUGCAAUAGUGACAUUUUAAAAUACUUGUUGGAAAAAUACAGGUCAAACAAAUACUGAAAUUGAGAUGGGUGAGAUUUCAAACCGGUUUAAAAAUGCAGUAUCAUA